AGUUUCUGGAUUCCAAUGGACCAUUGUCUAUAGAAAUACAAUGAAACAAUUAGUGGUGGUCAUCAAGUACAUCAAUGAACAAGUUUCAAUAUUCAGACACAAAUACAGCCCCCACCAUUUAUAUCACUCUAAAACGGGCAAAAUCAAAGGACCCCACCACCAUCUCCUUCUCCCACUGAAUCCAAAUCCGAACAGGGGUAAAUCCCAAAUUCACUGAACAUGAAGGGCCAAAGAGAAAACCAGAAAAAGAGAAAAAUGUGUUUGUGAGAAAGAGGUAAGGUGGCGAAGAGUAAGGCGAAAGUGUCAAACAAAGUUGCCUUUCUCCCCCAUACCCUUCACAAGGGUCGAUGACACUUUAACAUGGGAUUGCUGAAUAAGACACUGUUACAUAUGACACCGGCCGUUGACUUGUUCCAGUAGGGUCCAGCUCUCUUCAAUUUUUUCCUGUACUUUUUCUAUUGGAUUGAGACUUACCAACUUGGAGAUUAAAUCGUUUGGAAACAAGAUUGGGAGCUUUUUUGGGGUCACACGGAAAUAGCAGAGGAAGAGGAAAGAUUAAAAAAGAAAGAAAGAAAGAAAGAAAGGGGUAGGAGAAAAUCAAAAUACCAGUGAUCUUUUUGGGUCCUUUCUGAAUCUACUUAUCCACUUGAUUUUGUCUCUGUUUUUGAUUGGAUAAGUAAUCCACCUCUAUGCUCAAUCCAUUUCUUCUUGUCCAUCUGUCCCUUUGAACAAACAAACUGAGUUUUCUUCUAUAAAAAUCCCAUUUUUGCAUAAUAGUGAGUUUAGUGUAGGAGGUGUUCGGAACAAUUUACAGGGUGUGCCGACGAUGGUGACUGGGUGGAGGAAAGCCUUCUGCACGUCCAUACCCAAGGAGAGAGACACAACAGUAUUGGGAGAGAAGCCGCAAAAGAGCGGCAGUGGAGGAGGAAGUAGUGGCGGAAGUACUGGCAAAAGCCCGAGAUUUGGGUCCAGGUUCGGAUUCUUCUCCAACCCAACGACGCCUCGAUUGCAGUCACAACCGGUGUCGACUCCGAGCCUUCGGUGCCGCAUCACUACCACCACCAAAACCACCGCCACCCCAACCUCGUCCGUUCCCAACAGCCCCAAACUUCAAUGUAAAACCAUCACAACCCCGAAAAAACAAUCCAACAACAGUAGCCCCAGAUUGUUCCAAUUAUCCAAUCCUUCGUCUCCCAAGUCACCAUCUAGUUUCUCUCUCCUCAGAGCCACCCUACGUCUUUCCAAGACCAGAUGUGGAAUCUGCUUGCAGAGCGUAAAAGCUGGACAGGGGACGGCAAUUUUCACGGCCGAAUGCUCGCAUUCUUUUCACUUCCCCUGCAUAGCCACUCACACCAAGAAGAACCACUUACUGGUUUGUCCGGUGUGCAGCACCAGCUGGAAGGAGCUUCCGCUGUUGUCUGUCCAACAGCAAAAGAUAGAACCUGAAGCUAAGCCGCUCAAAGACAUCUUAACGAAGCCGCUGCGUGUCUAUAACGACGACGAACCCUUGAGGUCCCCAGUGUCUCUGGCCAAGUUCAAUCCAAUACCGGAGUCGGAAGAAACAGAGAAUGAUGAAGAAGAGAGUGAACAGGAGUUCAAAGGAUUCUUUGUAAACCACAGUAUUACUCCGAAAUUUGGCAGGCAAAUAUCAAUUAAUUCGAGAAAUGUGGAGGUGAGAUUGUUGCCGGAGGCGGCGGCAGUGGCCUUAAGCAGGAGCUACGAGACUUAUGUGGUGGUUUUAAAAGUGAAAGCGCCACCUCCACCGGCGGCGCGUGGGGCGAGACGUCCUCCGAUAGAUUUAGUGACGGUUCUCGAUGUGAGCGGGAGGAUGAAUGGUGUCCGGCUGCAAAUGAUGAAACGUGCCAUGAAGCUGGUGAUAUCUUCUCUCAGUGAAACGGACAGAUUAUCAAUUGUGAUGUUUUCUUCAGCUUCCAAGCGGUUGUCGCCGUUAAGGCGGAUGUCGUCCACCGGACGAAGAUCUGCGCGCAGGAUCGUUGAGGCGCUGGAAAGCAACGGCCAAGGAAUGAGCGUCAACGACGCGCUGAAAAAGGCUGCGAAAGUGCUGGAAGAUCGCCGAGAGAAAAACGCCGUCGCGAGCAUCAUGCUACUAUCGGACGAUCGCGACGAACUGUCCAAAACAAAACCAACCAAUCCGGAUUUUGCAGUCGUCUCAUCCACGCGCUUUCCACACUUGGAAAUCCCCGUCUUCUCCGUCGGUUUCGGCGAGUGCACUAACGCGCCUAGCGACGACGUGUUCCGUAAAGUAGUUCUCGCCCCACUGAGCGUGGUGGUUCAGGAUCUCCGCCUCCAAUUAGGUUUCCUCUCCGGAUCAGCCCCGGCGGAGAUCAGUGCCGUGUAUUCAUUAACGGCUCGUCCAACCUCAGUCCGGUCGGAUUCUUUGCGGAUAGGCGAUCUAUACUCAGGCGAAGAGAGAGAAUUGCUGUUGGAAUUAAAGGUACCGGCAUCUUCCGGUGGAGCCCACCGGGUCCUGUCCGUACGGUCGUCUCACAUAGAUCCAUUCGCACAGGAGGUGGUCUACUCCCAAGAGGAAGGUCUAUUGAUUCCCCGUCUACAUGCCGUGAGAUCGACGUCUCCGAGCAUCGGACGGUUAAGGAACCUCCAUGUCAGUACGAGAGCGGUGGUGGAGUCACGGCGGUUGAUCGAGCGGAAUGAUUUAUCGGGAGCGCAUCACCUGCUCAUCUCGGCUCGAGCCUUGUUGAUGCAAUCGGGCUCUGGCUCGGCUGAGGAAUUCCUGCGUGGCUUGGAAGCCGAGCUAGCCGAUCUGAACCGGCGCCGACAGCAGUUGCAGAUCCAGAGGAGGAGAGUUAAUGCGAACGGUCAGGUGGAGGACAAAGCGGAGCCGCUCACGCCGACAUCGGCUUGGAGAGCGGCGGAGAGGUUGGCUAAAGUGGCUAUAAUGAGGAAGCAUAUGAACAGAGUCAGCGAUUUGCACGGCUUUGAAAACGCCAGAUUUUAGUUUUUUUUUUUUUUUUCACCCACUAUUUUGUAAAAGAAAACAAUCGAAAUAUAUAUAUAUAUUUAUAAAAAAAUAAAAUAUCAAAAUAGCUAUGUUGUAAAGUGGGUCGCGGUGAUAAUGGUGACAAGCAGUACCUGACGGUUAGGCCCUUUCUGCAGAGUUGAGAUAGGGUGAACCCAUUUAUUGCUUUGAUUGAGCAAACUCUUUUGUCUCUAUUUUGGGUUUUUAUUUAUUUAUUUUUUUUAAAAAAAAGAAAAAAACAACAAAGGAUGUUGUAUGUUAUAAAUAGUGGUCUAGGAAUGGGAAAAUAAGAUGUUUUAGGCUGCAUGAUUGUUUAGUUGAUGGGUCUAAGUCAAUAGACGGAGUAAAAUUUGGAUGUAAGU